UAGCUUAACAGAUUUCCAGUGUCGAGCUAAUAAAGGUCUAUGCUGUUAUCCCAACUGGCAUGUAAAAUAUUAUUUCAAUUUUCGGGAAUUGCGGGCAAGUGCGACUGUUCACAUUUGGGCGGGAAUCCACAAAUUGGGGGUAACCGAAGUCGUUUGCCAUUAGUUUCAAUUAUUUAGACAAAUGUAAAUCUGACAACUGUGCAGUGAUUGUUACGCCAACUCAACGAGCUGUCAGAGAGCGGGCGGAGGAGCAGCCGAAGAACAAAGGAAGCGUCAGGGACUAAAAGUUUCUAAUUCGAAAUGGUUUUUCAAUUCGCGCAUUGCUUUGACACUGACACUUUGCCAAUUAACACUUUCCUGGUUACCUGCAAUUGUUUAUAGCCACGCCCCCACCUCGGGAAGGGCAUUGCCCGUUUGUGGAGGCAAUUAUCCUGUCAAAAAACUUUAUACACACAUGCAUAGAACAACCGAAGCUGGUAGCAAAACAAAAUGCCAACAAAAACAAACGCUAGUGAUUACCAGUCGCCGGCAACCCCGUUUCCGUUUUAGCACGUGAGUCAGUCGGCGUCGUCGGCGCGGCCAACCCCGGGACUCGGAGCCAGCGUCAGAGCCGAGAGCGGGUUUGUUUUGACCGAGCUGUCAUGGCAACGGCUGGCACAAGCAUUAAAAAAAAAAAACGUAGAAAAAUGAAAAGCGAGCGCUUUGAGCACUUUGCAGCAAAUCAGAAAUUUUCACUCGCUCAGAACGCAACGAACCGCCAUAACGCACGCAAGCUGCACGAGACGAGAGCUGGAUACAGGCAUGAGCCAGCAUGGAGAUACCAGAGACUGUAUCUGUGCGAAGGUUUCGCGAGUUCAGUGCCCGGCAAAAGCACGAGCUAUACGAGACGCUACUGGAGCUGGCGGAGACGAUAGAGGAGCUGCCCAAGAGGUCGCUGCGCAAGACACUCGAACUGACCCUGGCCGUCUUGGAGUACAAAGGGCAGCUGGCGCAGAAAUACGAGCAGAGCGGUGAGCGACGUUUGCAGGAUGAAAACGAGAAGCUGAAGCGCAUGGUCCAGAAGCUAGAGAAUGAACGAGAUGCCCUAAAGCAGAAGAACAAGGAGUUGGGCGUGGAGAUCAAGCAGCAACAGCAACAACUGCAGCAAGCUGCCCAGCAGGCUGAGGCCAGUGACAAGGACUCCUCGGAUCCACUGUCUGAGCUGGAUAAGCAAGAACAUCUGCUGCACAACAUCGACACCAAAAACAAGCACAUUAAACGGCUUCUGCGGGAAAUCGAGACACUGCAAAAUCAGAAUAUCGCCCAGUCAAAGACCAUAGUGAUGCACGAGCAGGAGCUGCAGCAGAUCAGAACGAACCUGCUGCAGAUCUCGCAAGACAUUGCCCAAGUGGAGCAGGAGCGGAAAUCACUGAUGCUGCGCGAGCAGCAACAGGGUUUAGAAAUCGCGCGACUUGAGGGCAACAUCACCUUCCUGGAGGAUGAGCGCGAAAAGCAGGAGCUAGAAAUGCGACAAUUCCUGGAUAAGUAUGAAAGCCAAGUGCUCAGCUGGAAGCAGCUGUUAGACCAAAAGGAUAAGGAACUAGAACAGUUGCAUAAGAGGACAGAGCAGAUGACUUCAGGCCAAAGCACGCUGGAAUCCACUUCCAGCAGCAAACAGAGUCCGCUAGACGAUGAGCUGAUUAAUAUGCGACAUCUGCUGGAAUUACGUGAAAAACGCAUUGAAAUGCUUGAGGACAAGCUGAAAUCCAUGACGGAUGAGAUGGUGAGCUCCACAAAGGUAAUGAAUCAGUUGUGCGUGCAGCACGAGGGCGCAAAGAAUCCUCAAAAACCGCGCGCCUGCUGCCAGCUAAUUGAGGAGCGUCUGCGCGUGGCAAAUGCCCGGUCGCAGCAGCUAUCCGAGCUGCUCGACAGCUCCGAGCAGGACAAUGUGCUCAAGGCCAAGCAGGCGCUGCACGCCCUCAAUGCCUUGGAAGCAUAUAAACGUGGCGAGGAUGGCCUCGUUCCGGCGCUGCGUCGUUGCUCCGGGCUCGAGCAAAAGCUGGCCGAGCGGGAUAAGCAGCUGCGUAGCUACACCCAGGAGCUAAAUGCCAUGCACGAGCUGGAACAGGAGAAUGCUGUGCUGCGACGAAGGCUAAACAUACCUGACGAUGUUGUUGUCCUAUCCAAGCAUGUGCGUGCCAAGCAGCGCAACAAGGACAAGCAGAUUGAGAGGUUAACGCUGAAGCUGCGCACCUCCGAGGAGCUCCGACUGCAAUUAAAGCUGGAUAAGUGUGAGCUGCGACGCAAGCUGCUGGAGCUGCAGAACGGAGAACAGCCCCAGAGGCUGGACGAGUCACUGCAUCAGCCCAGUGAAGUUGGCGAGUUGCCACCAAGCGCGCCGUUAGAGAAUUCACCACGUCGUGGCCAGGGUGACGGUGCUGCCAGCUCCGAACUGCAAACCAAAUACGAGGAUGUGCUGGCCGAGAACGAAACGCUGCGCAUGGGCAUGUAUGAGAUACUGGAGAAGCUGCGGGAAUAUGAUGCCACCUCGGAACACAUCACCAUAGAUUCGGAGCUGUUGCGGCGUCUCAUUGAAGCACUGCCCAGUGGCUCAGCCAUGCCGCAUCUCAACAGCCAGCUGCAGGUGCUGAAGGCUCGCGAGGAGGCGCUAUGCCAGUUGUUGCAGCAAAAUGCCAGCGAGUCAGAAACCGGCGAGUUGUCCUCGGUACACAGCAUGCGGGAUAUAUCUGAAAUGCCGGAGGAGCAGACGGAAGUAAUGGUUAUUGAUUCGGCCACGCGACCAACUACACCGAAUGAGGUAGCCGAGGGACUGCAGUUACCUGUCAUUACGGAACAGGAGCUGGAAAAACCUAGGCCUGGCUCCGCCGAGCUAGCGGAGCUGGCCAUUCUGCGCAAGCACUACGACGAGCUGCGUCUGCACAUGUCCGCCGAUGGUAACGAGCUGAUACGUUGCAAUCAAGAGCUGCACGAGCAGAUGAUCAGCCUGGAGAAGCAGCUGCAAGAGCAGAGCAGAUCCUAUGGCUAUAUGCGAGAGGAUUACGAUCAGCUGCUGUCUGACUCGAAGCGACAGGAGCUACGUCACAUUGAGAACACAGCUGACCUACAAAAACAAUUGGAACAGCUGAAGUCCGAGCUGGCUGCCAAGUGCGCUCAGUUGAGCACAGUGCAGCGAACGCAUCUCUGCACGACGGAGGAACGGCAACAGCUGGAGCAGCGGAACGCCAUACUCAGUAUGCAGCUGGCGCAGGCCAUGGAACAGCUGCUGGGCGAACUGAAGCUUACGGAUAUUUGUGCGGAUUACGGCAUCAUUGGAGACAGCUAUCAGCUGGAUUAUGUGACGGCUGCGGAGUUUGAGCAACAGCGACAGACUCUGGCCACAUGGCAGGCUCAGCAGGCGGAGCUGCAGCGGGAGAACAAACAGCUCGAGGGUCUGCUGCAGGUAGCCAAUGCGCAGAUACAGUCGCAGCAGAAGCUGCUCAACGAAAUAACCGAUAACCACAUCAAUUUGCGUCAUCUGGUGUCGGAUCUACAAAGCAGCUCCAACGACAAGCUAGUUCUAGCCAAAAUGCAGCGUGACUUGGACACAGCCAAAGCGGAAACUGCUCGCUUGGAACUGGAACGCAAGCGUUUGCAGCAGGACGUGGAAAGUUUAAAUACCCAAUUGCAGGCAGCGGAGCGUCUGACGGCACAGACACAACAGGACUUCCAGCUGGAACGAAACAACAGCGAUAUUAAACAGAAAUUCUUGCAGCGUUCGCUGUUUACCCUCAAGGAGAAAUAUGCCAAAUUCACACCCCUGAUCUUCCUUACCAAUUUUGUGUUCGCGCAUCAGAAAUUCAACAGACUAAGAGAACAGCAGCAAGUGGAACAGUCUGGCGACAACUCGGCGCUUGUAGAGCACGUGCUGCAGGCGGUGCUGUCAAAAUUGUCUCCCAACGAAGAGAAUUCCCAGCAGCUGAUUAAGCUUAUCAAAUCGGAGACACAGACCCGGUUGCUGGAACAGCGCUGCGAGAGUCUGCAGGUUAAGCAUGCGGAGCUCCAACAGGAGCUGACCGAGCUGCGUUUACAGCAUGCCGCCGAGUCGGAGCACUGGCAAACGAUUGAGGCGUUGUUUGGACAGCCGAACGGAGAGCGUACAGAAGCUGCGAGCGUCGAUGUGGCUACCAAUACGGAGGCAGCAGCACCAGUGCCUGCCAUGCGGCGCACAGCACAGCUUAUAGAUCGCCAGUCAUCGCCUAUUGGAUCGCCGAAAAGGCGCUUAUCCAGCCACGAUACGACCACACAAACUGAGGAUGCGGCAGUGCAGCUGUUGGAGACGGCAGUCCAAACAAAUGGCAAUAAAACACAACAGCAGCAGCAUCAAGGUGUGCAAACGGCGCAGGAAUACCGCAAGGCUGAUGAGGAGCUGCAAAAAACGCGGGCAGAUCUGCAGGCAGCAAACCAGCGCAUUGAGGAGCUGGGCAAGCAGCUGGAGACGACCAAUGUCGGUAGCGAAUCCGAUAGUCAACACAGCGGCGUUGUGGAGAAGACCAUUCUCUCCUUUCACACGCUCCUGCUGGAGAAGGAUCAGUCCAUACAAAAGUUUCAGGACCUACUGCAAACGGAAAGGGAACAAUCUCAACUACUGAUCACAAAGCAAACAGCUGAGAAUGAAACACUGAAGGCCACGGUUAACAAUUUGAAUUUCAACAUUAAGACCAAAGACUUGGAAAUCUUGGAUUUGAAAGCCAAACUGGAACUGCACAAGCCGCCUGGCGCUGUCGGUGCCCAGACGAGUGAGAAUUCCCUCAACGAACUGACCGAUGAAAAAAUUGAGGAAAUGUUUGAGCAUAGCUCCGUGGAUAGAAGUCCGCAGCAGCCAGAGCAGGAGGAGAUCGAGCAGCAGGCCUCUGUAGUUAUUGUUGCCGAUGAGGCAGCGGGCGAGCAAGAGAAACAGGAUACAGAGGAGCUUAAGGAGCUGCCCACCCUGCACAAGCAAAUCAAAGAGCUUAAGGACAAACUGAGCUACUGCGAACAGAGUCUGGUGACACGCGAGGAAGAAGUGGAAAUACUGAGGGAAAAAUUAAAACUCUGCCAGGAUCGAGAGAAAUGCAUGGAGAGCACCAGCAAUCCUGAGCUAGAGCAGCUGCGGGACUUCCUGGAGGAGAAGGACAAACACAUCCGUGAUCUGAUGGACACGCUUAAGAACUUCCAUGACGAUCAACAGCGAUAUAUCAACGACACUUCCAACUACUCGGCGGAUCAGAUCGCAAAACUGGCCGCCGAUCUGAAUCGUAUCGAGGCCACCAACAAGAUCUAUCACACCCAAAUGGAGGCACUGCGUCGACAGCUGACCAAUGUCACACAGCGCGAGAAACAGGCGCGCGAUUUGAGCCAAUCACUGCGCCAGCAGCUGCUGAAGCGUCCGGUGGUAUCCAUCAAAACGGAACUAAAUGCGCGCGUUAAGAACGAGAAUCUGCAAAAGCGCAUACAGCAGCUGGAGUUGGAUUUGGAAGAUUCGCGUGCGCAGCUGCAGCGCCAGCAAACCCUGCUGGAGGCCAAGCGCACGCGAAGCGCCAACGAGGUGGGCCUCUGGGAGAAGCAAAAGCGAUGGCAGCAGCAGGCCGAUAAGUUCAAGAGUAAGCUUGACGAGACAGAGCUGGCGCUGGACAAGACGCGCACGCUGCUUCAGGCGGCGCGCACAACCAUAGCCCGUCUAGAGAAGGACAAACAUCUGCUUGAGUCGAAGUUGGGCAAGGGUGGAACCGGAGGUACAACGACGACAUCAACAACAGCUAGUGUCAAUGCCCACAAUAGUUUGAAAUGUUGUCGUGCUCCGUCCUGCCCCAAUUUGCAGCAUGUGGGCGCGGCAAAGUUUACGCCCUCCCCGUCGGAGAGUCCGGAAACGUAUACGGGUCCAAGCAGCGAGUGCAGCUCGCCGGCUCACAAUCAAUCCCAGCCGCAUUCUGGUCACCACAGUUUCUAUGAGCAAGGCCAAUCGGAGUUAAUUGAGGCACUCAAGGCGCGCAUUGAGAUGCAACAGCGCAAGAUCAUUGCCAUGGAGCUGGAGGGGCGUGGUAGCAAUGCGUUAACCACCGAACUGGAGAAGCUGCAAGAACGCUGCCAAGCGUUGGAGGCACAGAAUAUACGCCUGGAAGCGCGCAAUUUGCAAUUACAGCUGGACACGGAUCUUCUGCGACAGGGCGAUAGCAGCGACCGACUACAGAAACGCAUUAAGCAUCUGGAGGACUACAUCCUUGCACUUAAGGAGGAGAUGGCACGCACCGAGUCACGCCGUGAUUUGUGCAAGUGCAGCGGCCUUAAGGUCAACACGCACCAGGGCCAGUCCGCGGAGCACACGAUUCUCUCGCUGCGCAAUCUGGUGGAGAAGUUGCGUUCGGAGAAUAAGUUCCUUAAAGAUGGCCGAAAUUCCACAGAGUCGCGUAGCUCGACUGACUCACUGUCAGUAAUGUCGGAGCUGGCGCGACUCCAACAGCUGCAUGCGGAUGCGUUGGAGAAAAUCGCUGCACUGCAGCAGGAACUUAAGCAGCGCAGCAGUAGUGGAAAGGAUGAGGAGUUGAAAUACAUUAAGGAGCAGCUGAUGAAGAAGACUCAGUUAUUGCAAAAAGCAAAAGUUCUGCUGACCCGCGCCGCUGCCAAGGAGAAGGUGUUGAGAGAGCAGCUCUCGGUUUGGAAGCGCAAAUGCUCAGAGCUGCAGAAUGUGCCCGUUAUUGAUGAAAUUAGCGAAUAGCCUUAGUCUUAAGUUAAAUGUUGUACAAAAAGUAAGCAAUAAGAAGGUAAACGCUAGUUAUUAAUGUCCUAAA